AUGAAAAAGGAAGUAAUAUCUCAUAUCAACCAAAUAAUGUUUGUUGAUUCAUAAUGUUCUUUAUUUUUACAUAUUACAUAAUUUUAUUAUCAAAAGUCUUUGAAAAGUCGGAUUAUUGAUAACAAUAGCCAGCUACAGAACCUAAAUGCUUUUUAUUUAGGCGGAGAUAGAUAUAUCAUGGGUGGCAAGCAAUCGACGAGUGCGGAACAGUCGAGGCCUAGUACAGCACCACCAGCAUCACGGGGAAGUGACAAGAAAACUCCUGCCAAAACGCCAACCAAAACAUCACAGGAUGAUUCGAAAACAACAACAGCCUCUAGACAUCACAGUGAAAAGACAAAAGCGUCUGACAAAACAACGUCUGCUGAACCUUCGAAAAGAUCUUCCAACAAAACAGAGUCACCACCACCACACAGUCGCAGUGCAGACUUGUCAAAGAGAAACACAACAUCAGCUUCCGAGGCGAAACAUGAUGGUGCCAAUAUUGUCAAAGACAUUGAGAAUAAAAAGAAAAAUAAACUUCUAGUCGCUGCAAUAGACUUUGGGACAACAUAUUCAGGAUAUGCCUGCUUGACUAAGGACGAAUUUGAAAAUAAUAAAGGCGACAACUCUAAAAUACAUUGUCCGACCUGGGAACGAGAUGGAGGAUUAAGUUACAAGGCACCUACGUCCGUUUUAUUUCGUCCUAAUAAAACCUUCCAUAGUUUCGGAUUUGAUGCAGAGAAAUUUUACCACGAAAAUUCUGAUAAUAUUGACUUCAAAGAAUGGUACUUCUAUAAACACUUUAAAAUGAAACUCUACACAGAUAAGGAUGAGUUAACACAAGAUACAAUCAUAGAAGACAGUAGGGAGGCUGGGAACAGAAUGAAUGCUGUGGAUGUAUUUGCCGCCGUCAUAAAAUACUUUAAAGAACAUCUACUAAAGUACUUCAAAGACAGAAAUGACGACAAAGAGUAUUUUGACAACAAUGACAUUCAUUGGGUGAUUACGGUACCAGCUAUCUGGGAUUUAAAGGCAAAGCAGUUUAUGAAAGAUGCAGCAGCAAAGGCAGGGAUAUCUGGUGAUCAGCUGACUUUAGCGUUGGAACCUGAGGCAGCAUCUUUGUAUUGUCGAAAAGUUCCUGUUUCAGUGGAGACAACAAAGGAUGGUGGAAAAGCUAUUGCAGCAAUGCAGAAUGGAUCACAGUACAUCGUUUUUGACCAAGGGGGUGGCACAACAGAUAUUACAGUACAUGAAGUAACCGGUCAGAAUACACUGAAGGAAAUUCACCAGGCUUGCGGAGGUCAUUAUGGUGGUAACACGGUCAAUGCGGAAUUCUUCAAAUUUUUGACGACCCUAUUAAGUGGACCGGUGAUAAAAGAGAUUCGCGAUAAGCAUCCCUCCGAAUAUUUCGAUUUUAUGACAACUUUCGAACACAAAAAGACAUCAUUCACCGUUGACGAGAAAUCCAUGGUAACAGUACGGAUUCCUGUUGUCUGGAUGGAAGUAUUUAAAGAUAACACAGGUGAAACUUUAGAGGAAGCUCUCCUUGAUUCUUCCUACAAUGGUAAAGUCACUAUAAACAAAGAUAAACUAAGAAUGAAAUAUGAACUUUUCCGCAAGUUUUUCGACUAUUCAAUUAACAAUGUACUGAAAGUAUUCGAAGACCUGUUUAAAAAACCAGCAAUAGCAAAUAUAAGAACAUUGCUGGCUGUUGGCGGUUAUUCUGAAUCCUCUGUUCUUAUAAACGCCAUAAAACAGAAGUUUCCAAAUCUUACAGUUAUAGUUCCGAAAGACCCGGGGCUCGCCGUGUUGAAAGGUGCAGUUUUGUACGGAUUCGAACCCCAUGCAAUUACCGAAAGGGUAUCACAAUAUACGUAUGGUGUAGCAAUGCAGAAACCGUACGACCCGGAUGUUUACGACGCGAGCAAAAUUGCUACCGUCCGUGGACGUGGUGGUAAACGUAUGGUUGAUGACGUUUUUGAUAAACAUAUCGAAAUAGGGAAGGUUUGUAAAAUUGGAGAAUUUGAACAGGAGCACGAUUACUACCCAUUAGUAAACGAGCAAAAAAUUGCUCAUUUUGAAUUUUAUGCAAGCGAACUGAAAUCGCCAAAAUAUACGACGGAUACAAAAUGCCAAAUGAUAGGAACUUUUUCCGUGGAACUUUCAAAAGCUGGUAGAAUUUUUCUGAAGCUAAAUGCCAGCGGUACAGAAAUAAUAGGAAUAGUCCGAGAGGAAGAGACAGGGAAGGAAUGUCGUGCUUACUUUAGUUUGAUGUAGUGGAAUAACUAAAAAAUGUAAUAUAUAAUACUAAGAGUCCCGAGACUUUUCUUUGACUUACCUAAACUUUGCGCCUGUGGACCUAAUGAAGUUUGCACGAUAAGUAAUUUCGGUCUGUGAGUUUUCAUUUGUAACACUAAAAAUAACAGAAUGGAGUGCAAAUUAAAAAUCGGAAAAGAAUUUUGAAUUCUGAUCUUUGAUUGAAUAAAAAAAUCUGUAAAUGUACUGUAAUGUCAAAAUGAUAAAAUUUAUAAGAUUCAGAAA